UCCCAAAACACACCCUGCCCGCCAUUAAAGGAUUUUGCCUCCAUCGACAGAAAAGCGGAAGGGAUAACUUUUUGGACUUUGGGCUCGGGGGUCCUCUUUUGACGUUGCGCUCGUUCCCGGCUUCAACGCUUGGUCACUUUCGCUGCCUGAGGAAUUAAGGGGCCCGAAGAAGCUGUCCGAGGCUCUCGCUCACAAUGUACAGCUUCAUGGGAGGGGGGCUGUUCUGUGCCAUCGUGGGGAACAUCUUGCUGGUGGUCUCCACAGCCACCGACUAUUGGAUGCAAUACCACCUGUCAGGUAGCUUCGCCCACCAGGGCCUGUGGCGCUACUGCAUGUCGGGAAAGUGCCACAUGCAGACCGACAGCAUCGCCUACUGGAACGCCACGCGUGCUUUCAUGAUCCUCUCGGCCAUGUCCUGCUUCGCUGGCAUUAUCGCGGGGAUCCUGUCCUUUGCCCACUUCUCGGCCUUUGAGAGGUUCAAUCGCUCCUUCGCCGCCGGCAUUAUGUUCUUUGUUUCAACGCUGUUCGUGCUGCUGGCGAUGGCCAUCUACACAGGGGUGACGGUCAACUUCCUGGGCAAGCGCUUCGGGGACUGGCGCUUCUCAUGGUCAUACAUCUUGGGAUGGGUAGCUCUGCUCAUGACCUUCUUUGCAGGUAUAUUCUACAUGUGUGCCUACAGGAUGCACGAGUGCAGAAGAGUGGCUGGGCCGCGUUGAACGCGAGACACAAACAGGUCGUCAAGGACACCAAAGACGAUGACAACCGCUUCCUCUUGGAAAAUACAUUUGGGGGUUAUAUAUAUAUAUUUAUAAAAUAAAUUGCUAAUUUGAAAUUACAAAAAUAUUCCAACUAUACAUGUAUUUAAAAAAAAAUGAGCAUUACAAUAAAUGUUUAAACUAAUCGCUAAAAGUAAUAUUAGACAAAUAAAAACAUCUAUUUUAAUUUGAAAUAUAAAUUUAUAUAUAGUAUAUAUAUAUAUUUGAGAUACAUAUAUAUAUAGAUAGAUAGAUAGAUAGAUAGAUAGAUAGAUAGAUAGAUAGAUAGAUAGAUAGAUAGAUAGAUAGAUAGAUAGAUAGAUAUAGAUUAGCUGUUUAUAUAUAUUUUUAAAUACUGUAUUAUACUUUCUUUUUACUAUCAAUAAAAUCUAAAUAAAGUAUAUUAAAAAUACCAAUACUUUCAAUUCAAAUUUAAAAACUUAUUAAAAAAUUACCACAAACUAUAAAUAUCCAAACUCUUGAUAUAUAUAGUUCAUAUUUUCAUUAAGUUAAAUUUUAAAAUGUAGAAUAUAUAUUUAUUGCUAUACAAGUUAUGAAAAAAAUACAUGAUCAAAGAAUGAAGAUAAACUGCAGUAAAAUAUGAGUAGUGGAAAAUUUUAUUCUGACAAAAUUGCAGACAGUAAUAGAGCAUAGAUAAUAUGUACAUCACAAUACAAAAUGAAAAAUAAAGCCUACUGUCCAAAACUCAA